GGCAAGGUUGGAUUAGUGCCAGCAUCAGCAGGGGACACACACCCCAUGGAGCUGAGCCAGGAGGGUGCCUGAAGCCACCAGAAGGAGCAAGAUGGGGUGGGGGGCUAUGGUGACCCCCAGCAGCAUGGCUGGCCAGUCAGACAUGUGCUUCAGUGUGUUCAACAGCAGUGGCAGCCACAACAAUACGCAGACAAGCAUCACCUCGCCCUGGUUCUCCACUGCCUUCAGCCUCAUUGGUCUGUGCUCCAACCUCUUCGCGCUCUGCAUCCUGCUCAGCUCCUCCCGCAAGUUGUCCAGCUGGGCCUGCUCCUCCUUCCUUGUCUUCCUCUGUGGGCUGGUGGUCACAGACUUCAUGGGGCUGCUGGUGACAGCCUCUGUCAUCAUCCCCUAUCACUUCAUCAAGUUUGCCUGGGCCGAGGUGGACCCUGGCUGCCACCGCUGCAACUUCCUUGGCUUCUCCAUGGUCUUGUUUGGGCAGUGCCCACUGCUGUUGGGCGCCACCAUGGCUGAUGAGCGGUUCUUUGGCAUCAACCAUCCCUUCUCACCAGUCUCCAAGCACCGCGCCUGCUCCAUCGUGGGGCUGGCGUGGGGCUUCUCCUGCCUGAUGGGGCUGCUGCCAGUGCUGGGGCAGUACACGCUGCAGAACCCUGGCUCCUGGUGUUUCCUUACCCUCCUGCCCGACACCAGCAAUGUCAUCUUCUGCCUGCUCUUCACCCUGCUGGGCAUCUUCUCUGUGCUGCUCUCCAUCUUCAACACAGUCAGUGUUGUGACACUCUGACGUGUCUACUAUAACCACAAGUCUGUGCAGCAGUGCCGGGACAGCGAGGUGGAGGUGAUGGUGCAGCUCGUGGGUAUCAUGAUCAUUGCCACCAUCUGCUGGAUGCCCCUCCUGAUCUUCAUCAUCCAGACAGUGCUGCAGCAGCUGCCAGCCAGCAGCCAGACACAGAUGCUGCCCGUGGAGAUGCAGAUGUUGCUCAUCUACAUCCGCAUGGUCACCUGGAACCAGAUCCUGGACCCCUGGGUCUACAUCCUCUUCUGACGGGCCGUACUGCAGCGUGUCUAUCCCAGCCUGCGCCCCCGGCCCUCCAUCCUCUCCCUCUGCCCAGGCCUCAACCCCUCCCUGCGCCGCAAGCUCACCGCCAACUCCGUCCUGCAGUAGCAGUCCCCAGGGACAGUCACGGGGGGGGAUAGGAUGGGAUAAGGCAUCCCCCCCAGGUUAAUUAAUUGUCCCCAUCACCUGCAUCCAUGGGCUCUCCACACUCCCCCAAGCCCAGUACCCGAGGGGGUGGCAGGGGGCACAGGGCUGUCCCCCCAGUCCCCAUCCAAGUGACACACACAAGCACACACACACCCCCACCCCAAUAAAACACAGCUUACGCA